AAAUCCAUAGUCACCCAAUCAAAGACUUCAAAUUUAAACCAUCGCCAAAUCACCAAACCUCACCCGUAAAACCUAAAAAACACAGAGUCCAUUCCCCAUCCAAGUCAACGUCACUUACAACCUCCCCAGUUCUCGGAACUAAAACAAUCAACACAGACAGGAUCUUCAAAAUGAAACAAGAAACACUGACAUUAGUUCUAGUAAAUCUAGCAGGAAUCAUGGAAAAAGCUGACGAAUCAUUACUUCCAGGAGUUUAUAACGAAGUGGGUGCUGCUUUACAUAUUGACCCAACUGGUCUUGGUUCACUAACUCUCUUUAGAUCCAUUGUUCAAACUCUGUGCUACCCAUUAGCUGCUUAUCUCGCUUCCCACCAUAAUCGAGCCCAUGUUAUUGCUGUUGGAGCUUUUCUCUGGGCUGCUGCCACUUUUCUUGUUGCUGUUUCUUCUACAUUUUUGCAGGUGGCGGUAUCAAGAGGUUUAAAUGGGAUUGGACUAGCUAUAGUUCUUCCUGCAAUUCAGUCUCUUGUUGCUGAUUCUACCGAUGAAACCAAUCGUGGUACGGCAUUUGGAUGGUUGCAUCUAACUAGCAAUCUCGGGUCGAUUCUUGGAGGAUUAUGUUCUGUUCUUAUAGCUUCAAAAUCAUUCAUGGGUAUCUCUGGCUGGAGAGUUUCUUUCCAUUUGGUUGGACUACUAAGUGUAGUAGUUGGUAUUCUGGUUCGACUAUUCGCCAACGAUCCAUGUUUUUCUGAUACGGAUAAAAGAUCGAAGGACCAAACCAACCUUCAGUCUUUUGUAUCAGAAAUGAAGGAUUUGAUCAAAGAAGCGAAAAUGAUUUUAAAGAUACCAUCUUUUCAAAUACUCAUAGCUCAAGGUGUGUCUGGAUCAUUUCCUUGGUUUGCUUUGUCAUUUACAGCAAUGUGGUUAGAACUUGUUGGCUUCUCUCAUGAGAAAACUGCAUUCCUCUUAACUCUUUUUCAAAUUGGUAGUUCUAUUGGCGGCCUAUUCGGAGGAAUGAUGGGAGACAUUCUUGCUAAACGCUUUCCGAAUUCUGGCAGGAUAAGCCUAUCGCAGAUUAGCUCUGGCUCGGCUAUUCCUUUAGCUGCAAUUCUGUUGUUGGUGUUGCCUGAUGAUCCGUCCUCAGCAGUUUCGCAUGGUCUGGUGUUGUUCAUCAUGGGACUAUGCAUAUCUUGGAAUGGUGCCGCAACGAACAAUCCAAUAUUUGCAGAAAUAGUUCCAGAAAAGUCUCGAACAAGUAUCUACGCAUUGGAUCGAUCAUUGGAAUCGGUACUGGCUUCAUUUGCUCCUCCUAUAGUUGGAAUUUUGGCUCAGCAUGUUUAUGGUUAUAAAACUCCCAAAGCCUCAUCAGAAACUAUGAAAGUUGAAACAGAUAGAGACAAUGCUGCAUCUCUUGCCAAGGCGCUUUAUACAGCAAUCGGCGUUCCGAUGGCAAUAUGUUGUUCCAUCUAUUCUUUCCUUUACUGCACAUAUCCGAGAGACCGAGAGCGGGCGAGAAUGAACGCCUUGAUAGAGUCGGAGAUGCAACAACUCGAGGCAGAUUCGUCUAUUCCGAGAGAAGAACAUUCCUCGCUGCACAUUUCGGAAUUGAAAGAGGUUGAGAUGGAUGAUAAUGAUGAAAAAGCUCUUCUUUCUCAUCAGUUAUGACAUUUUCACAUUUAGUAGGCUGAUGAACUUGUCAUGUAAAAGCACGGAAACAUAAACGCUGAAACGGAAAAUAGGCGAAACCAUAUGGUUUACACUACAACAAAACAGCUCUAUGGGGGCGGUAUUUUUUGCUUGUAGGGGCGGUUUUAACCGCCCCUACAGGUGAUAGGUCCGUUUCGGGAGCCGCCCUUAAAACGCCGUUUUCCCGGGCGCCACUACAAAACAGGGACGGUUUUAACAACUGCCGGGGUAACUUUAAAUUAUAGGGGCGGGUUAUAGGGGCGGUUUUAAUCGCCCCUAUUUACUUGCAUGUGUAGGGGCGGUUUUAGAACCGCCCCAAACCAUUUUUUAAUAUUGACAUAUCAUUUAUUUAGGUGCGGUUAUAACCGCCCCAAAAGCAUUUUUUUAUAGUUA